AUGUCCAACUCGGAUUACCUUCCCGACUACCCACUCAACUCAGAUUUAGUGAAGAGAUUAAAGUCUGCCCUGGAUGCCAAAGAUGAGGAGAGACUGGGGGAUUUAAUCUGCACUGAAGUCACGCCCGUAGACGCCGUGAUAGAACUGGCCAAUGACGACUGGAUGAAAGACCCCUCAGCUCAGCUGCCCCCCGGCAUGCUGCUAGGGGACCUGGACCAUCUGAAGCCCCUCAUGGACCAGUUCUUCCAGGAUGCCAAUGUGGUGUUUGAGAUCAAUAAGGAUGAGAUGGAAUGGCAGGUGAAAUCUCCAGCCACGUUUGGACUGUCAGGCCUCUGGACCCUGGAAUACAAGCGCGAGCUCACCACGCCCCUGUGCAUCGCCGCGGCCCACGGCCACACCGCCUGCGUGCGAUACCUGCUCGGCCGCGGCGCAGACCCAGACGCCAGCCCCGGCGGCCGCGGCGCCCUGCACGAGGCCUGCCUCGGGGGCCACACGGCCUGCGCCCGCCUGCUGCUGCAGCACCGCGCCGACCCCGACCUGCCCAGCGCCGAGGGCCUGGCGCCUCUGCACCUCUGCCGCACGGUCGCCUCGCUCGGGUGCGCACAGGCGCUGCUGGAGCACGGGGCCUCGGUGCAGCGCGUGGGCGGCAAGGGCCGGGACACGCCGCUGCACGUGGCGGCGCAGCGCGGCCUGGACGAGCACGCGCGCCUCUACCUGGACCGCGGGGCGUACGUGGACGCGAGGAACGGCUGCGGGGAGACGGCCCUAAGCGCGGCCUGCGGGGCGGCGCGGAGACCCGACGAGCACGGGCGCUGCCUGCGCCUGUGCGCGCUGCUGCUGCGGCACGGGGCGGAGGCGGACGCGCGCGACGAGGACGAGCGCAGCCCACUGCACAAGGCCUGCGGCCACGCGAGCCACAGCCUGGCGCGCCUCCUGCUGCGGCACGGCGCCGACGCGGGCGCGCUCGACUACGGCGGGGCCUCGCCGCUGGCCCGCGUGCUGCAGACCGCAGCCUGCGCGCUCCAGGCUGCACCGCAGCGCACGGUGCAGACGCUGCUCAACCACGGCUCGCCCACUGUGUGGCCCGACGCCUUCCCCAAGGUGCUGAAGACCUGCGUAUCGGUCCCCGCAGUCGUCGAGGUGCUUUUCAACUCCUACCCUCAGCUCUGUGUGUCAGAGUCCUGGAAGGAAGUGAUUCCUGAGGAAGCAUUCCAGAUGCACAAGCCAUUCUACCAGUCCCUCUUUGCCUUGGCCCACACCCCGCGCUGCCUGCAGCAUCUUUGCCGCUGUGCCCUUCGCAGACUGUUUGGCAAAAGGUGCUUUGACCUCAUCCCCCUGUUACCCUUGCCAAAGCCCCUGCAGAAUUAUGUACUUUUGGAGCCACAGGGUGUCUUGCACUGA